GGACUCGGACACUGCUCAGCCAUCCACCAGCAGCCACAGGCCUGUUUAUCCCCAAGGGCUUGGCCAUCUCUGCUGCACGAUGCAGUACCGUAAGGGUGAAGAUAACGUGGAUGUGUGCCACGAUGACACGACCUGUGGUUGCCACGAUGGCCCCGUGAGCAUCCCGGAUCUGUCUCCAUGCCACGACCGUAGCAGCCUCAGCCACGACAUCGAGGGGUCCUGCCAGAGUGUGCCACAGGGCUGCCAACCCAUAGAGCCCUGCCCGCCCCGCGGCUGCUGCCCUGCACAGCGCAGCUGGGAUUGUGGUAAACCCCGGCGGCGGGUGGAGGUGAGCCCUGUGCAGCCCGUUUGCCCACCAGUGAAAAUCCACCGCCGGCCGCUGCAGCAGUACCGACCACCACUGCAGAGCGAGGAGCAGGGCUGCUGUAAGCCCCGCAGGAGAGUGGAGCAGUGUCCCUCGGAGGAGCCCAUCACGCUGCAUCCCCUGCCCUUGCAGCACCGCUGUCCCUGCAUCCCCUACUGCCGUCCGCCUGUCCAACACUGCCGUCCUCCUGUCCAGCACUGCCGUCCUCCUGUCCAGCACUGCUGCCCCACCGCUGUGCCCCUGCCGCAGCAUCCUGGCCAGCACCAGUGCAAGCAAGUGCAUAUCUUGCCACCCUUCCAACAGAAGAAAUGAGGGGGGGUCCCACACCAGCACGUUGCCCCACACUGCUGCCCCCAAGCUCAGCAUGGAGCUGCUCUGCUUUUUGCCCAAGCUGCUGGUGCUGCCACCUCUGCUUUCUGGCUGCUGCUCUGCACGCUUUGGGGACUUCAGGGACCGUGGUCCCCUGCUUUAUCAUGGCACCAAUGCUCUAAAUCCAGUUCUGGGCACAGCUGCCCAGGGAAGAGGUGGAUGCUGGAGGUGCUCAGGGC